CUUUCAUAAACCACAGACACAAAGAGAGAGAUAUAGAGAGAGAAAAAUUACCCACAUUGCUCUGUCUUUCUCUCUCCUCAAUUCCAUAUUUAAUUUGCCUAUUUCAAAACCCUCAUCAAAUUUCAUUUUCCUCUAAAGAAUUUGUGGAGCUAAAGGUGAAAUUUUUGUGAAAGGCAUUGAAUUUUCAUUGAUUUGUGAACCUAACAACAUUGUAUUGAUAUUAACUAGAGGAAGAUUCAGAAACAUGGUGUUUUGGAUUUUUGGCUAUGGGUCAUUGGUAUGGAACCCUGGAUUUGAGUAUGAUGAGAAAUUGAUUGGAUACAUAAAGGAUUAUAGGCGUGUGUUUGAUCUCGCUUGCAUUGAUCAUAGAGGUACACCUGAAAAACCUGCAAGAACCUGCACUUUGGAUGAAAGCAAAGGGGCCAUUUGUUGGGGUGCUGCUUAUUGUGUGAGAGGAGGACCUGAAAAAGAGGAGGAGGCAAUGGAGUAUUUAGAAAGAAGAGAGUGCGAGUAUGAUAGCAAGACGUUGGUGGACUUCUUCACUGAAGAAGACUCCUUACAUCCUGCCUUAACUGGAGUGAUAGUGUUUACGUCCACUCCUGACAAAGUAAAUAACAAGUACUAUCUCGGUCCUGCUCCACUAGAAGAGAUGGCUAGCCAAAUUGCUACUGCCUCUGGUCCCUGUGGAAAUAACCAGGACUACAUAUUCAAAAUGGAGAAGGCUUUACAUGACAUCAGUCACGAAGACGACUACAUCACAGAGCUAGCAAAUGAAGUGCGCAAAGUUCUUGGGAUCACAGUGUCUGUCCCAAUGGAGAAGAAGUUACUUAGUCCUUCCCAAACUCCACUCAAAUCCCAUAUUUCCCCUGUGAAAAUCCUCCCGUUGUCGGAAGCUAUAGCUGCUGUUGCUGCAGACUCUUGACAAAGAAAAUGAUCUAGAUAUCUUUAGGAGGAUGAUGUAUCCCUUGUGUUUUUUCCUUUUCCUCUAAACUUAGACUAGAAUUUGGGGGUGGGGUGGGGGUAGGAUAAUGAGUUGAGUUGACAUACUAACCAACCAGAUGACUUUGUGUGGCCAGUUUGAACAUGGAUUCUUGAGUUAUUAUGAGCACUUUUUGAUGAAAUCUGAUUAGUAGCUUACAUGUUGAAAAUACAUGAUCAAUUUAUUUUAUAGUA